AUGUUAUCACUUUCCUAACAUUCUUUACUAGUAUUGACGGAUGAUCGACAGAUCAAUUAUUUUUAGGACCAAAUCCUAUUUUGGUAAUACAUGAUUCCUUCUAAUGUCGAUAUAGAGAAGGCAACAAUGAGAUAUUCUCAUAUGACAUACCUUGUAUAAUUGAUAUCGAACCAAGUAUAUCGAUUUAAUCCUUAUGAUAAAAUUUAAAAGAAAUCGAAAUGUUUCUUGACUAUUACCCUUAAGAAAUAGAAUUAUGUGAUUAAUUCAUAUUUGAACUUGAUCAAGGGAGAAUUACUAUUUAUAAUAACAGGGAUCAAGUUUAUUUAAUUUAAAUUCAGAACUUUUUAAAUAUUACACAAUUUUCAAUACUAAAUAAUAAUAAAAAUGGUUAUAAUAUCUAUAUCUUUGAUAAGCAAGCAGGAUUACUAAAAUUGA